CCAGUCUCUCUGCCACCUGGAAACAAAGCUGCUUCAAACUAAAUAAACGCCGCUGCAGCAGCUGUAGGAGCGCCUGGUUGUGGUGAAGUUAUUCGCAGAGGAUCAGGGCGGGCUUGACAGAUGCGAUAUUGUUCAACAGCAGCGGUGAUCUUCUUAUCUGGCUCUGAACUGGAGUGACCUGGAUGUGAAAGCGGAAUAAGGGGCCGCAUCUUUGCUUUAUUUUGGUCACAACACUGCGAUGGAAACAGAGGAUGCUCUCCUCUGCACCCGGGCAAGCUAGCUAACUUUAAUAUUUGGCUGUUUCGUUUAGAUUGUUUUGCCACUACAGUACACAUAUUUAACAAAUAUGAGAGGAGACUGCUAUGCAUUGCUUGUUGGUUAAAGCCUUCCAUCCUGCAGUAUGGAAACCAGCAGCAAACAGAAGCUGAAAGCAAUGUUGUUAGCUGGUUAGCUGAGGUUAGCCAGCUAGCUGCUAGUUAACUAGUGGGCUGAGUUAGCCUUCCUGACUCAGCCCACUAAUAGUUUUGCUGCCUCACGUUAGUAACUUCAAUAUAUUUAUCAAGUGGCAGUUUUUUCUAACUUUUCCUCUCAGAGUUUUAACAUUUUUAAGCAAAAACCGAAGCUAGCUCGCUAACCAACCAGCCAGCGGUGCCGAUCAAUUUCACUGCGAUCUCCUUGGAUUUAAAAGUCUUUGUAAGAGUGUGUCAGCCAUGGCUCAGGAGGCCUUUCCUUUGCAUUUUCUCGUCUGGAACAAUCAGUACCUAGAGCUGGACCGUGAGCUGCAGAAUAAAGAGCAGGAUGUGGAGCGCCUGGAUCCGCGGGGUCGCACCCCGCUGGAGCUGGCUGUAUGUCUGGGCCACCUGGAGUCCACCCGGGUGCUGCUCAGGUACUCUGCAGACCCGACGCACUGCAACGCGCAGGGCUGGACCAUCUUGCAGGAGGCGGUGAGCACCGGGGACCCAGAGCUGGUGCAGCUGGUGCUUCAGUACAGAGACUUUAAGCGAGCAACAGAGAGACUGGCGGGCAUCCCAGAGCUGCUCAGUAAACUAAGACAGGCGCGGGACUUCUACGUGGAGAUGAAGUGGGAGUUUACCAGCUGGGUGCCCUUGGUGUCAAAGGUCUGUCCCAGUGAUGUCUAUCGGGUUUGGAAAAGCGGCUCCUGCCUCCGUGUUGACACCACCCUCCUGGGGUUCGAACACAUGACUUGGCUGAAAGGACGGCGCAGCUAUAUUUUCAAGGGUGGAGAUGAGGGGGCCGUGGUGAUGGAGGUGGACCAUGAGAAGCAGGUGGUGUACACUGAACCGCUUGUGCUGUCCCCUCGUGAUGCGCCUUCCCUCCUGGCAGCCAUGCAGCCAUCGCAGGAGAACACGGCCCAGAGGCUCACCUCGCCCAUCGUCUCCACACACCUCAACACACGCAACAUUUCCUUUGAGCGGAAUAAGUCUGGAAUCUGGGGGUGGCGUUCCGAGAAGACAGAGUUGGUCAGCGGGUACGAAGCCAAGGUUUACAGUGCCACCAAUGUAGAGCUGGUGACGCGUUCGAGGACAGAACAUUUAUCAGACCAGGACAAGUCAAGAAACAAAGGCUCAAAGACUCCCCUACAGUCUUUCCUGGGGAUUGCAGAACAGCACACUGCUAACAAUGGGAGCAACGUGUCCCAGUGUGCCAGUCCUCACAACCCCACCGCCAUCACAGCCGAGGAGUACUUCAACCCGGAGUUCAACCUGAACGGCCGGGACAUCGGACGUCCCGUCGAGCUCACCAGCAAAGUGCAGAGGUUUAAAGCCACGCUCUGGCUCAGUGAGACACACCCUCUGUCCCUGGCUGAGCAGGUGACGCCCAUCAUAGACCUCAUGGCCAUCUCAAACGCCCACUUUGCUAAACUCCGGGACUUCAUCACCCUGCGGCUCCCUCCAGGCUUCCCUGUCAAGAUAGAGAUUCCUUUGUUUCACGUUUUGAAUGCCAGAGUGACGUUCAGUAAUCUGUGCGGCUGCGACGAGCCGGUCAGCUCUGUGACGGUUCACCAGCCAGAGAACUCUGGAGAGGCUGGUCAGUGUCCUUCUGAUUUCCACUGCGAGGUGGACCCCUCUGUGUUCGAGCCCCCUCCGGACUACACCACACUCGGCCCGGGCCGCAGCGAGCCGCUGAGGGACGAGGACGACAACCUGCUGCAGUUCGCCAUCCAGCAGAGCCUGCUGGACGCUGGCACCGAGAGCGAUCAGGUGACCAUCUGGGAGGCGCUGACAAACAGCCGCCCGGGGCCACAGUCUCCGCUGUAUGAGGAGGACUCUCAGCUGGAGAGGGCAAUCCAGGAGUCCCUCUCUAUUUCUCUGGCAAGCAGAGAGGGAGAAGACAUGGCCGAUCCCAGCCUGCCCUCCUCGGUGUCCCCGCUGGAUUCUGCCUCGAACCCACCGCUCUCCUACAGCGCUGCCACCGAUCCGAGGCUUUCCGGGCACUUUGGUGUAGCAACCAGCUUCGACGAGCAGCUGCGGCUCGCCAUGGAGCUGUCGUGCAGGGAGCAGGAGGAGACUGACAGGAAGCGUAAGGAGGAAGAGGAGGAGCUGGAGAGGAUCCUGCAGCUGUCCCUCACGGAGAAGUAAUGUUGCGGUACCAGCAGCUGCAGCAGGAUGAAUCCACACCUUAAUUUAUUCAGUUUAAUUUUAAAUCCCGAGACAUUAAUUUAUUAUUGCAGAUAUUUUGUUUGUUUUUCUCACAUGAAGGCUGCUAAACACAGGGAGUGAAAGGAAGUGAUGUAGGAAAUGUGAAACAGGUCUGUGGAGACAGAUACUCUAAAUAAAAUACUGUACACUUUAAGUGAAGGAGGAGACAAAAGGGAGCUUUCUUUUUCUUUUUUAUUGAAUAUUUUUCACAGUCUUGCUGUUCUUUGAGUGAUGAAUGAUCUUUAAGCUUAUAUGAUCCACUACACUGAUGAAAGUAAUACAGUAAAACAUAAUGUAAUAUAAAAACUUCUAAACAUUUAUGUUGGCUUACUCCUAAGUGUGAAAAAUAAAGAAUGAAGAUCA